AUGCGACCGAAAGAACACGUACUUUCACAACAGGUGCUAGAGUUCUUGAUUGAACAUCAAGAUCACUUCCUCUUGGGAAUGGAAUUGAAGAAGCGCAAGGAAAAAGCACCGUCGACGGUCCCUCAAUCCCCUCCACUGGUCAAAGCCGACUCUGAUAUGAUGUUGCCCUCCGAAUCGGACGAUGAAGCACCUGCUGGAGGAUACUAUGUUAUCGAAGGUCCGGGUCGACCGACUUCACCAGCUUCCCCGCCAGCUUCGACCCUUCCCAACAUCAGCGCCGCCAACCUCCUUCCUUCUCCUCCGGUCAAACCGAACAUCGCUCCCCCCGAUCUCAUGGAAAUGUCUGAAUCCGACGAGGAAGCACCUCCUGGUGGGUACGAGAUCCGAACAGGUAAUCCAGCAUCCUUACGGGCAACAUUGCUCGCGAAAGCUUUGGCUCGAGGAGAAGGGGCAACUCCUAUCGGAACUGGUGUAGCCAGGAGGAGGACUUUACCUUCACGAAGACCUGGAGAGUUUGUACCAAGAUUGAAGCGGACUGCCAAGGAGGCACCUUGA